AUACAAACGAUACACAACUGCCUUUGGAAUAAUGUCAUACUUUACACAUGGAAAAUUCGAUUGAAAAUAAGGAAAACUAAUUAGAAAAUGCUGCCUGUUUAUAGAAGGGGUUUUCUGAAAAUACUGUUUAUUACAACCAUUGGAUUAGUUUUGAUAUUGUUCAUAACACGCUCUCAGCUGCACAAAACUAAGAGGUCAGCUCCUUCGAUUUACUUCAAAAGGCCACAUUUACAGCUAGAACAGAAUGGAGAUUAUUGGAUUUACAAUAAUUUUAUGCGAUCCAAGACAAAUUUGAAAGGAAACAUGAGUCUCACACUUACCACACACGGCACCUAUCGGGACUUUAAUCAUAUGAAGUGGCUGCUUGUUCGCUGGAGUGCUCCGAUCAGCAUAGCUGUUUAUGUGGGCGAGAAUGAUUAUGAACAGCUAGUGGAGAGUCUGUAUUAUAUAAAGUACUGCACGGUCUUUUCAUUAAGUUGGCCCCAUUGGAUCUCCAUGCAGUUGGUCUUCCACGAUAAGCAUAUGCCACAAUUGUUAUAUCGCAUGAGCUCGGAACGUCCUCAGGGAUUUAGUUGUCGGCGAUCCAGUAACGAAGAAACCAAAUAUGGCACAACAUUGGCCAAACAUCGCUUAACCACUAAGUAUCCAUUAAAUCUUCUAAGAAACGUAGCUCGUCUCAAUGCUCAAACUUAUUAUGUGCUUGCUCUGGAGCCUGGAAUGUUGCCUACGCGAAAUCUUGCUGUGAAAUUUCUGCAAUUUGUGCACUUACAACCGACCUUCAAGACACAAAAAAGUGUAUAUUGCCUGCCUGAUUUUCCACCAAUGGGUGAGGAUGUUACGCUCCCAAAACACAAAUCCGAUCUUAAGAUACGCUUGAAGCCAUAUCUCAAUGGAAGUAUUACAUUAUCUCAAUCUGAAACAGAGCAGUUAAACAACUUCAGAGCUUGGCUAGACAAUCCAGUCAGAGAUGGUGAUAUAGUAAGAUACUCUGUCACUGACCAACCUCAGCUUUGUCCUGUCUACAUAAGCAGCAAUGCGUAUGAGCCACUUUAUGAUCAGCGCUAUGGAAAUUCUACAAGCGGUUCAAAUUUCAUGCAGAUGCAAGUUCUCGCUGGCCUUGGCUUUGACUUUGUUGUCCUCGACGGCUCUUUUAUCAUUCGCCGCCAAUCGAAUUGGCAAACUGAAGUCUCUACAGAUGUCGCUGAUAGAAUUCUGUCUACCGUAGAACAAAAACACAUUCGCGAAGUAAUCAAAAUGAAUGUCUUGGCAUAGAGAACUCCUUUUUUAGUGGCAUAAACUUGAAGAUAAAGCUAUAAGUCGUAGAUACCGAGUCAGAGUCGAACUCCAUUAGAUGCCACUUAAUCAAAUUGUCUGGCUGCUUCUUGACGCCUCUCGCUUUUGGCAGUGCAUUUUAUUAUUCGCCUUUUUUUCGUUUCUUAUCCCCUUUUUAAUGCCAUUAGCGGCGCACUAUUUUAGUCUUAUUUUUGGCGUCAUUUUUCAUUUUGCUUGGCAUUGCGAACAGCCAAAAGGAGCGUGAUAAGUAGCCAAUCUAUAUAUUAAAAAUAGAUCAGAUAGUCGCUUUUCUCUAUAGUAU